CGGUUUUGCAUUAUAUUGAUACGCCGUUUUGAUUUUGUUGAUACGCGGUUUUGUACUUUAAACGACGAUAUGCAUAUGAAAGGCUAAUUGCGAGGUUGCAACAAUACAGAAAAUUUAUACAAAAAAGUAGGUUAGCUAAAACCUAAAAUUUUAAUCAACAAAAGCUAAGAUACCAAAUAUUUACAUAAGUAAAACCACCAGAUGUAUUUCCCAACUACUUAUUAAUCCUAAACAAUAUAUCCUAAAACAACCUUCGUUUACUGCAAGCAAACUUUAUUAAUCGUUCUACAAAUAGCUGUCCCUGGCAGCCACACAAGAGUGUUCAGCUCUCGUUAACCGCUUGCUACCGACACCCACUUGUCAUGCUCGCACGCCCGCAAAAUUACCGACUUAACGCACAGCUUAUUGUACAAUCACUUACGGAAGGAGGAACACUCAACGCAAAACAACGAAGCAUCAAAAGCAAAAACAAUACCCAUUGAUACACUUAAAUAUAUAUUUACCUACAUACACAUACAUACAUACUUAAAUAACUUAAGCGGUUUCGUUGUCAAUAGUCACAAAGCCAAAGUCAAGCCGCAAUCAUGUAUGGCAUGGUUCUUGAGUCCGUUCAACAUUUCAUUCAAGAGGAAUUUGGUGAAGAUAUUUGGCGGCAAGUAUGCCAAAUUAUCGAUUGCCGCCACAAUACCUUCAAAACGCAUCAGAUAUAUCCUGACACGCUAAUGCCCGAUAUAGCUGCCGCAUUGUCUGCGCUUACAGGGAAAUCUUUCGAUUGGUGUAUGUCCUUCUUUGGCAAUUGCUUUGUGCGCUUCUUCACCAACUUCGGCUAUGAUAAGAUGAUACGUGCGACGGGUCGCUAUUUCUGUGAUUUUUUACAAUCCAUCGAUAAUAUACAUCUCCAGAUGCGUUUUACAUAUCCGAAAAUGAAAAGCCCCUCAAUGCAGCUAAUAGAGGUAGAUGAUGAUGGUGCGGUGAUGGUGUAUCGCAGCGGACGUACAGGGUUUUCGAAAUACUUGAUGGGCCAGUUGACGCAAGUAGGACGCGAAUUCUAUAAUUUGAAUGUAAAGUGUUCGGUGAUUGAAAGUCAAAAUGACAUAAAUGGUGGUAUUGCUGGGCCCAUUAAAUUAAGCCACGAACCAUUGACGGUGAUUGUGAAAUAUCGUUUGGACUUUGAUAAUCGGGAAUAUAUGGCAAAGCGUGUUAAUGUGGUGGCCCAUCCAACGCAACAAAUAUUACCAAAAGUCAAUAUUGACAUAUUUUUAGAUCUUUUCCCCUUCACUGUUUUGCUCAAUCGUGAUAUGGUCAUUUCGUCGGCAGGUGAAAAAAUCGUUGAUACUUGGAUACUUCAUAAUCAGGGCAAGAGCCCCUCCCAGUUUCUUGGCUCUCAUCUCAUGGACAUUUUCAGAUGCCGCCGUCCCAAGGACAUCAAGAUCAGUUGGGAUCAAAUUAUACAAAUGCGUUAUGUGCUUUUUGAAUUCGAACUAUUACGCACUGGCCGCAAUCAGGCAGCUUACGAUGCGCUUAUGGAUCACAAUUUAGAAAAGGAGGUGAAUGAAGUUUUGACUAGUAGUGAGGAAAACUUGUUGAAUGUCGACGCGAAGGAAGAUAUCGAUCCACUAACUGGUAAACGUAAAAUUUCACAUGGCAACAAGGCGAUAUUAUUGAAAGGCCAAAUGUUUCACCUCAAAGACAUCGAUUCACUUAUUUAUCUGUGCAGUCCACUCAUCGAAAAUUUGGAUGAGCUGCAUGGCAUUGGCCUAUUCCUGAAUGACUUGAACCCGCACGGCCUGAGUCGUGAGUUGGUAAUGGCCGGCUGGCAGCAUUGCUCCAAAUUGGAAAUAAUGUUCGAGAAGGAAGAGCAACGCUCUGAUGAAUUGGAAAAAUCAUUAGAACUUGCCGAUUCAUGGAAACGUCAAGGUGAUGAAUUGCUCUACUCCAUGAUACCGCGUACAAUCGCCGAACGUAUGCGUAACGGCGAGGAGGCUAUUUGUCAGUCUUUCGAGGAAGUCUCUGUCAUAUUCAUAGAAGUAAUGAACAUCUAUGCUGGCGAUACGAAUGAUAUACGCGAUGCCAUGACAGCAGUAACCACAUUAAAUACCGUUUUUUCCGCAUUCGACCAAGAAAUAAUUUCACCAUUUGUAUAUAAAGUGGAGACGGUGGGCAUGGUUUAUAUGGCUGUUUCGGGUGCCCCCGAUAUAAAUCCAUUGCAUGCAGCGCAUGCAGGUGACUUCGCUUUGCGUGUUGUAAAGAAGGUCAAAGCUUUAGAGAUACCCGACCUGGCUAUAAGGGUGGGCAUAAAUUCGGGUCCUGUGGUGGCGGGUGUAGUGGGAUUGAAAGUGCCGCGUUAUUGUCUCUUCGGGGACACAGUGAAUACGGCCUCACGCAUGGAAAGCAGCAGUGACCCAUAUAAAAUACAAUUAUCCAAUUACACAGCAAAGAAAGUGCGUGAGGCAGGCUAUAAAAUUGAAUCGCGUGGCUUUGUAAAGGUUAAAGGUAAAGGUGAAAUGGAAACAUUUUGGCUUUUGGGUAAACCGGAUAAGAGCAGAAAUAGUGAGGAAAAAAUGUGAAAACUACAAUUCUGCAUAUGAAGGCUUAAUAAAAAGCAAUGCUUUGUCAAAUUUACAAAAUCUAUGUUAAGCACAAAACUUUGUUCUUUGAAUUUGAUGUAUCUUAAAAAAUGUCCAAUUAAAAAGAAAUAUAUGGCUAAUAUGCUUUAGUACCGAAUUUUUAAUGACGAUUUCCAUUAUAAUUUUGGCAACAUCCUUCUAAUCUUUCUAAUCCUACUCAUAUUUCUGAGCUUGUGAGCUCGGAUGACUGGGGCUCAAUCACGCGAAAAGGAGUAAACGGAAUUGAAUGAAAUUUUUCACAUACAUACAUGUGCAGAUGUUCUAUGAUCUAGAUUGAAAAAUAGGCUACCUCUUUAAAAGAAUUGCACAUGUUAAAAAGGUUAAAUAAAAUGAA